AUGGAUCAUGCCCACGGUUCUCAUCAUUCACCGGCCCAUGCUGGUAUGCAGUCAAGCGAUCAUUCCAUGGAUAUGAAAAUGUAUUUCAAUACUGAUAUGCACUAUACAUUGCUUUUUUCAUCCUGGAUUAUUGAUACAGUUGGAAAAGCGAUUGUAGCGUGUCUUGGCUCUUUCAUAUUCGCUAUCAUAUAUGAGGCCCUAGAAACAUUACGACAUAAAUUGCUUUUACGGGCAGCAUGUAACAAUCAGUGUGAACGUGCUGGAAAUUCCUACGGUGGUCCAUCAUGUCCAGGUUGUCCAAAUUCGUCGGAUUCCAAUUCCAACAAAGGAUAUCUUAAUCCCGUUGAAUCGAAUGAAGAAGUCCAUGUUAACGUUUUUUCGAAUUCUUAUCGUGAAAAACUUCGUUCCCAUUGUUCAAGUUAUCAUCUUAUUCAAACUAUGUUACAUUUGGUACAUGCAUUUAUGGGCUAUAUUCUUAUGUUGAUUGUAAUGACGUACAAUGUCUAUUUGUUAUUGGCUGUUCUAUUCGGUUUCACACUUGGCUACUUUCUAUUCGCACGAAAUCGAGCUCUACUAGUCCGAUCACACAACUGUUGUCAUUAA